UACUGCCACCUACCGGACUGGAGUAGUGAUUGGUAGCAUGUGCGGAAAUAAAUGCAUAGGAGGGGGAAAAAAGAAAACACGUGAUAAAUAAAUGAUUCCACACUGUGAACACUAUAUCAUGUGGUCAUUUAUUUCAUCGCGAAUCAAGCAUUUAAGUCUAAUUUGCCGUUCAAAAAAGGCUGUAAAUGACAGCUUCCAUCAUCUCGGGCUGAUUUAGGGCGCCAUUGGAGACAGUGGUGGGCGCACUUGAGGAGGUCUGAGGCUGGAACAAAAACAACAACAAAACCGAACCUCCCCUCUCCUUUUUCUUCUCUCUUCAUGAUCCAUCAGCACAGGAACCCCUCAUUCCCGUCGCAAUCUUUGCAUCCUCUGCGAUCCAUCAUGCACUCUUCAAGGCGCUGAGAGCAGACAGAAGAUGUUGACGUCUGACGCGCUCCAUCGCCUCCUCCUGGCCGGAGUUUGCCUGUGCGUGUGUGGAAAUGCGGUCCUGGAGAUCCAGAAAGAGGCUGCAGGCUCGCUCGGACGCAGACCCUGGAGGAUGUUGACGCAAAAUCGGGAAAGUCCUGAUGCAGAAUCUGAGCCCAAAAAGUUCUGGAGGACUCCGAGAGACAUGAUGGAUGACGUAAGCACCUUGCUGCAUGAAGACGCAAGGUGGUCUUCCACCACUGGGGCUCUAAAUCCAUCCAGUCGCACCCCCACGCCGGUCUCUCUCCCCUCUCGGACCUCCACGGCGUCGUCGCCGUGGGAACGCGAAGGCCCCGUCAUGCCCGCCCCGCCCGAACCCUUCUUCCCAGACAUGGGCGUCGACACCAUGCCCAAAGAGGACGGGGUGGAGAGCCUGUGGACCGAGGCCCCCGGGCCCAGCGGAGACACGGCGGCGCCGCCGUCCCCGGACGACACCACGGAGGGCACCAUGUCGUCCGAGUCGCUGCCUCUCAUCUUUGAGCCUCUGGAAGAAUCCGCGGCUCAGCUUCCGGCCGCCGCCACGGCAAGCGCAGGCGCGCCGCUGUCGGAGGCGGACCCGGAACCGCAGUUCGCCACGGAGACGGACAAGCCUUCGCACGCGCCGCCCCCGAUGACGCCGGACGUCGAGCACCUGGAUGCCAGCAGACAGUCAGGUUUUGGCACUGUGCAGACCUCAGAACUCACAGACAUUGUACGAGCUUCGGUUGUCGUGGCAACCAAUCCACCUGUGCACAAGCCCCAGUCGGGUUUAGAGGAGACGGACUCUGAAGACGAUCCGGACGAGGACGAGAAUUCCGAGGACUCGCCGGAGGACGAGGAGAGCGACGAGGACCCGACGGAGAUGUCUCGGACUGAGCCGCCGUACAGCCUCAUCCCACCGCCUCCCGUCUGGGUGCAACGCAACCAGGGCCUGAUGCGCAGCUGGGUGGCGCUGAUCCGAGAAAAGGCGGGCUACGUUUCGGGCAUGAUGGCCCCGGUGGCCGUCGGCAUGGCUGGGGCCCUGCUGCUCGUGGGCGCCCUCUACAGCGUGAGGAGGAUCCACCGUAGGAGGAGGAACAGCUUCAAACGCCAGCGGAGGAAGAUCCGACCCGCGGAGCAACCAGGUGAGACGUGCAUCGGUCGGCAGGAUCAGGCCAUGCUGCUGGCGGACAGCUCCGAGGACGAGUUCUGAUCCAAAAGACUCUACCAAUCAAUGUCGCCAUGACAACCACAUCAGUUUGCCAUCACAUCAGACCGCUUUAUACUGCCGGACAAUCUCAUGUGGGAAUUUAUUACAUGUUUAAAAAUGUCUUUCUGAUGCACUUAUCAUAUUAAAAAAAUAAAUAAAAAAUAGAAAAAGUUACAAAAUCUAAAUACAAUAUAUUACUUGUAAAUGUAUUAAUGUAAAUACAAACGUAUUUAUGUAUCACACUUAUUUUAAGGAAUAGGGAUGAGAAAGAGCAAAAUGAGACACUAAUGUCUGCCAAUUAGCUUCGCCACACAGCUAGCCUUGCUAUGUCCAAAUAUGUAAAAACAAGCUCAACAUCUUCACUGAGAACGGUGGUUAGGAUUAAGUACUUUUAAAAAAAAUUUAACAUUCAAGAGCACCACGAGUUGGAUUGUUACCUUUUGAACAGAACCAAGCAAGCUGUUUACACGUCACACUAGGCUAGCUAAAAUGCUAACAGGACUAGCUUCCUUAAAAGCAAAUCACCGAUGUGAAAAACAGCUUCCUUUCUAAUGUAAAAAAAAAAAAAAAAAGUGUGAACAAAUCUGUUCACAUAUUUUAAGGCAUACAGUGGAACCCCGAUUUAACAAACAAAAUAAUUUUGCAUUUAUGACAUUUGUGAACACCACCGGUUAUGUUGGCUUUUGAAUACUUUUUGUAUUAGACUUGCUAAGAUCCUAACAGGGCUAGCCUAGCUUCAUCAAAGUGAGGAGUUAUCUUUCCUAAAAAAAAAGUAUUUUUCUUUUUGUAAUUGAAGCCUUUCGUACACAUUGUCUGCAUCCAUGUAUGGAUUAAAUGUGAAUGUUGUUUUGUUAGCGUCAAACAAAUGUAGCGUAAAAACAAAACAUUGGACUAGCAAUUGUCCCUUUGGUGUUGUUUGUUACUGUUAUUAUUUUUUUUAGGUAAGAACGAAUUACUGUUAUUUCAAAAAGUAAAUUCAAUCUUUUACUAAAUUGGGAGCCAUUUUGUUUACACCUGCAAUAGCAGUCAGUCAAUAUACUGUACACUCAUCAGACACAUCAUUAGGUACACCCCCAUAUCUAAUCUAAUGAGAUGCAGUUCUUGAUCUGACUUUUUUGGGGGAUUAUUCUCAUUAGAUUUGAUUUAUAUUUUUUGUAUGUUCAAUAUUGAAC